ACGCAGUGUUUAGAUGGUGAAGAUGUAGGCGGGUCCGGUUAGAGCAGUGGGGCGGAGCUGAGGAAUUAGAGAGUAUGUGCGGUAGUCAGGGAGCGGGCUGGGGAGGAGCCGAGAGGCACCGGGCUGCAGAUUCGGAUUGAGGGGAAGGCUAGAGAGAAGGUUCAAUGGAGGGGAUGAUGGGAGGCAAGACGGCAGAGACUCGGCCCGCAACCAGUCAUGGAUCUCCCAGAGUCAUCUCUGUAGUGUUUGUGACUCUCCUGAUUGACUUGUUAGGAUUCACUCUGAUACUCCCCCUUCUUCCCUCUAUUCUGGAGCAUUUCAGCAAAUCUGAUGACAGCCUUUAUCAGACAAUACAGCACAGUGUUGAUUGGUUUGCUUCAGCCAUUGGGGUGCCUCAAGAGAGAAAAUAUAACAGUGUUUUGUUUGGGGGCUUUAUUGGCACCAUCUUCUCCCUCCUUCAGUUCAUCUGCUCUCCACUCACUGGGGCUGCAUCUGAUUAUUUAGGAAGACGACAAGCCAUGAUGAUUACAGCGGUUGGGUUAAUUUUCUCUUACAUUUUAUGGGCUAUCUCCAGAAGUUUUGGGAUUUUCAUACUUUCUCGGGUUGUUGGAGGACUAAGCAAAGGCAAUGUCAGCCUGUGUACAGCUAUAAUUGCAGAUUUGCCCUCGCUAAAGAACCGGAGCACAGGCAUGGCGAUGAUCGGUGUUGCAUUUUCCUUGGGAUUCACCAUAGGCCCUAUUAUUGGAGCUUACUUUGCAAUGAAUGCAGCCAGCGAGGAGAUCUUCUAUGUACGACCAGCUCUACUUGCCCUUUUCUUUGCGGUGGUAGAUUUGAUUUUCAUCUUCCUAUUUCUUCCAGAGACUCUUCCCAAGGAAAACAGAGUUCCCUCUGUAACCGCUGGAUUUAAAGGGGCCUCAGACCUGCUCAGUCCUGUUGCUUUGUUUAAUUUCUCAGCCAUCACGCGAAGAAAGGAUUCUCCAUCCACUGAAAAUGUUCAGAAGCUGCGGUUGCUGGGGAUGGUCUAUUUCCUGUACCUCUUCCUGUUUUCUGGCCUGGAGUACACCCUUAGCUUUCUCACUCACCAACGCUUCCAGUUCAACAGCAUGCAGCAGGGGAAGAUGUUUUUCUUCAUUGGAGUCACCAUGGCUUUGAUCCAGGGAGGAUACGCUCGCAGAAUCAGCCCAGGAAAUGAAAUCAAGGCUGUGAAACGGGCUAUUAUUCUGCUGAUCCCAGCGUUCCUGCUGAUUGGCUGGGCGAGUAGCUUGCUGGUGCUGGGAGCAGGGCUGUUACUCUACUCCUUUGCCGCAGCGAUUGUUGUGCCUUGUUUAUCCUCUUUGGUGUCUACAUACGGCUCUGCCAGCCAGAAAGGAACAGUCAUGGGAAUCCUGCGCAGCCUGGGGGCUCUGGCCAGAGCACUUGGACCCAUCUUAUCAGCAUCACUGUACUGGCUGGCCGGGCCGCAGAUCUGCUUUAGUGUCUCCGCCUUUCUCUUGCUCCUUCCACUGCUUUGUCUGGGAAGAUUGAAACAAAAAGAAGAAUAAUAACAGCUGCUGCGGACCCCAAGCCGGACUUUUUAUUUCCACCCAAACCCUAAUGGGACACCUGGUAUAAUUCUCUCUGUGCCUUAGCAGAUUCUGCAGGAAAUGUAGGGCAGCAGCAUUAGCCAAUCAAACACUUGGAACGGAACACAGGGCAGAUGCAGGGGGUGAACUUGCAGGCUUGUCCCUUUAAAUGGGAUCUACCAUGUGUUGUCUGUUCUUAAUAGAUUUUUAAACCACCGCAGUUGAUAUCCGAAUGGAUUUUAAUGCAAAUAAAUUCAUGUUAAUGGGAGCACCUUCACAUUUCCAAAGCCAGGCCGUCUGUAUGAGUCAGCUCCGACUCAAUUCCGCCUCCCCUCUGCUCAACAACUUAAUUAGGUGGCUCCUCCAAUGGCAUUUCUCUAAUAGUCCCUGCUGUUGUUCACUUUACUUGCGUCUGCCGGUCACUGUGAACACGAGGCCCCAUUUGGGCGGAAAUCUGUCCCGUGUGAGUAAUGACAGUCAGGUGAACUGCAGAAGUCACAAUACGGCAGUCACUGCUAUUGGAGGAUGGGCCAGAAGCCUUUGUAUAAGCUGCAGUGAGCCCGGCUCCUGACUUUGGGACUGUUCUGUCACCUGCUGUUUAUACAUAAUCAUCUGAUUCCCUGUGUACAGGUAUGAUCUGUUAUCUGGAAACCUGUUAUCCAGAAAGCUCUAAAUUACAGAAAGGCCGUCUCCCAUAGACUCCAUUUUAUCCAAAUUAUCCAAUUUUUUUAAAAAUGUCCUUUUUCUCUGUAAUAAUAAAACAGUAGCUUGUACUUGAUCCCAACUAAGAUAUAAUUAAUCCUUAUUGGAAGCAAAACCAGCCUAUUGGGUUUAUUUAAUGUUUACAUGAUUUUCUAGUAGACUUAAGGUAUGAAGAUCCAAAUUAUAGAAAGAUCCAUUAUCCGGAAAACCACAGGUCCCGAGCAUUCUGGAUAACAGGUCCCAUACCUGUAUUAGGAGAACUAAAGCUUAACUAAAGAAGUAGGUAGAAAUGUUGUACAUGAUGUUUUGUGCUUCAGUACCAGCCCAAGGCAACCACAGCCCUUUAGCAGUAAAGAUCUGUGUCUCCAAAGAUGCCCCAGUAGCUCCCCAUCUUCUUUUCUGCUGAUUCACUGCACAUGCUCUGUGCUGCUGUCACUUACUGAGCUUAGGGACCCACUCACAAUAUACAGUACACAUAGAAUAGAAAUGUCACAAUAUAAGGCUGAUUAGUAAUUAAUACAGAUAAUUACUACAUGGCAGCACAGAAACCAGUGCAAUUAGCAUCAGAAUUUAAUAAUCAGCAAACCUGUAGCAUCAGCUUAUAUUACAGACCAACCUCAUUUUCUGCUGGAUAAUUAGUGACGAGCCCUAAGCUUAGCUUCUCAACAGCCAAUCAGAGCCCACUGAGCAUGUGAGUGUCACAGACACUUUCCAAGAUGGUGACCCCCUGUGACAAGUUUGAAGUCCUGGAUCAUUGCUGCUAUUGACAAGCUCAAACUUUAGCCUCGUGCAAUAAGUUCACUAUAUAAAAUAUGCCAUUUUUAGCCCGGGUUUGUAGUGCAGGGUCUGUUGCACUGGAUUAACUCUGAGCCUCUCCAGUCUGCACCAAUGUUACAAAACCAGCACUUGCUUCUUUAAUUCAAUGUAUUUGUUACAAAACAUAGAAAGGUCUCCAUUUUCCUUACAUGGGAUUUACUUGUUGCACUUCAGAACAUUCCUUGUGUGCCUCGUGUAUUUAUUUAUUGCUGCGGGUGCCGCCAUACUGAUUGCUCUCCUCCCAACAAUACUGAACUCUUGGACAUACAGUAGAACCUCCAUUUUACACCCCGAUUUGAAGUUUUCCCUCAUAUUACAUUGUUGUUUUAUGGUCCCCCUAUAUAUUAUACAUUUCCCUCAUUUUACAUUUUCCUGGAUUUUACACCAUUUUUUUCUGGUUCCCUGUAAAAUGGGGUUGUGCUGUAGGUAAGAUGCAUGAUCAGUAUGGCAGCUCUCAUCUGUGCAGAUUGGAAUGUAAUAGAGGAGGCGCCACUGUUCUUUUCACUACUGGUUCUUCUGUUUCGGAGAAUCUUUUUAAAUACCAAAGGCUGAAUUGUUCUGUAAACACUUCACAUCUGAUAAAUAAACUUGUUUUUUAUUUA